UGGCUGCAUACCUGGCAAAGUACAGUAGGGCUUCAUUGCUUAUAAUUCAUGAUUGCGUCCAUAAAUCGUGCAAGCACACAGGAUUAUAGCGACAAAGAUCUACAAAUCGAGGCUUUAAAAAUCCAAGCAAAUGAGCUCUUACUUUGUAAACUCGUUCUCAGGGCGCUACCCAAAUGGCUCCGACUAUCAGCUGCUAAAUUAUGGGACUAACGGCGCAGUGAGCGGCUCCUUCAGAGACCCUGGCACCAUGCACUCCGGGUCUUUCGGCUACAACUACAAUGGCAUGGACCUAACCGUCAACCGAGCCAGCGGCGGCGGGGGCGGCCACUUCGGGGCCGUGCAGCGGGAGGACGCGCGGGGGUUCGCCCCGGACCCGGCGCGCUACAGACAGACGCCCAACUGCUCGCUCGCGUCCCCGGAAGCGGUGCCGCCGUCGUGCGCCACGGCCGGCCGGGACCCCUUGGAGGUGAAGAGCCCCUCGCCGCCUUGUGACCGGAGCGCGACCUCGGCGGUCAACAAAAACAACAACAGCGGCGGCGGAGGAGGAGCAGGUGGAGGCUUCACGGAGAUCGACGACCCCGUCGCCUCGGCCGCCUCAGAGACCGAGGACGGGGCGCGCAGCUCGGGCUCGGGCGGUGCACAGCGGGCGCAGCAGCACCAGGAGCCCAGCCUCGCCACCUCGUCCACUCCCACGGCCAACGAGUGCCACACGCCGCAGAUCUUCCCGUGGAUGAGGAAGCUGCACAUCAGCCACGACAUGACCGGACCGGACGGAAAACGGGCCCGGACCGCCUACACUCGCUACCAGACGCUGGAGCUGGAGAAGGAGUUCCACUUCAACCGCUACCUGACCCGGCGGAGGAGGAUAGAGAUCGCCCACGCCCUGUGUCUUUCCGAGAGACAGAUCAAAAUCUGGUUUCAGAACCGCAGGAUGAAGUGGAAGAAGGACAAUAAGCUGAAGAGCAUGAGCCUGGUGACGGGCGCCAGCGCCUUCCACAACUGAGCCACUGCCGCUGCUGGAGGUGAAAUCAUUCUAAUAAUAAUAAUAAUAAUAAUAAUAAUGAUGAUGAUGAUAAAAUAUUAAAAAAACAUCCGUGAGUACUGUAAAGCUCUAAAGCGCAGCACCUUGCAGCAUGUUCUUGUGGUAGAAAGUUGUGCUUUUAGUUGUGAUAGCUCUUUAGGUGUCCUAAUAUUGAUGUAAAUAUUCUUGGACCUUUUCAUUGUCUUUUGCUCCCCCCCCCUUCCCCUUUGGACGUGUUUCAACUUGAGCUCUUUCUCGUCAGCGGACGCUCGAAAAGUGGAGCGUUUCCAAAAUUAUACAAAAAAGAAAAGAAAAGAAAAGCUGCUGCUCCUCUCGUUGAAUGUAAACUGGGCCCAUCAAACGCUUCAGUGUCGGUUCUCCAGCUAGUUUGGGUCUUCACAACAUGUGUGUGUGUGUGUGUGUGUGUGUGUGUGUGUGUGUAAGCAAGCUAUUUAGGACAUUUUUGUGCAUCUAUUCUGGUUGUUUAGAGGUGAUUACGGUAAUUCAAGCUGUCAAUGUGACUUGAGGGUUAUAUUCUGUGGAUAUUUAGGCAGUGAUGUCAACUUUGUUUUCUUCUCGCCGAUACGCUUUUUGUACAUGUACGUGAACUCA